AUGGCGGGUUGCCUCUUGGGUCCUUCUUCGCGUUUUCUACCUCUUCCAGGCAAGGGUGGUUUGACAGGAAUUCCCGUGGACGAAGCCAAACAGAGGUUCCGGAGGCAGUGUCCGUGCCGAUUCCCAGAAAUGGGUCCAGUGUCAGGAAGCAGUGCUCAGCUCUGGGGCCCCAGAGCCCGGAAAGCCCCCAGGCUGAAGCAGCGUCCUCAAGGGGCCCAGGUGCUGCCGGCUUGCUCUCCAGUGCUCGAGGACCCGAGGGUGAAAUGCAAGGACUGUGGUGCGUUUGGGCACAGGACCCGCAGCGCCAGGUGCCCCCUGAAGGGUGGACAAGGGGCCGUGCUCUUCGUGCCCUUGGGCUCCAGGCCGGGAAAGGAGAACGUGAACCCACGGGGUCUGCCCCAGAGACCGCACCUGGACAGUGCCCCAAGGGAGGCCGAGUUCCCAGAGACACGUGGUCCAAGGCCAGUGCCCGGGAGGCAAUCCCUACUGCAGAGAUCUCCCAGGAGAGAGCAGGGCAAGCCCCGGGCCAGCCAGAAGGACAGCACCGAGACCGUGGCUCCCCCGAGGGCCACGGCCGGCAGGUGGCAGCGAGCUGCCCGGCUGCCCUCUCUGCCCUCCUCCUUCAUGCCCCUCAUGGUGCCCUGGGGCACUGAAAGCGGCUGUGGUGGAGCCCCCACCCCCAAGCAGCAGAAACCAUGCAGACCGCUGCCCGUCCACGGAUCCAAAGGGCCUGGCCCGGCUCGAGAUGGGACCCGCUGGCCCCCCGCGAGACAACCUGAGCCGAGACCCAAAGCUGAGCCCGGUCCUGCCUGGCCGCCCAGCAUUCUGCCCCCGGCCAGGCGCCUGGCGAGGGACACUGCCCUCAUCCUCCAGAGCCGGCUCUCCGGGCUCCACGCUGGGGCCCUGGGCCGGGCACAGGCUGCUGCGGCCGCAUCUGCCCUGGCUCCCAGCACCAAGCCCCGGGCACACAUCCUGUUCAGCGGUGUCAGCCGUGUGCCCGGCGCCACCGCUGCCCCAGAGCCCGGGAUCCCAACGUCCAGCAGGAGCGCCGUGGCAGGGGCCAAGAGAAAAGCCCACGUCCUCAGAGACACCUCCCACAGCCCCGCCAAGAAACUGAGACCCAGUCCCUGCAAGGAGCCUCCGAAUGGCAGCUGGGGCACAGGGGCGUGUGGGGCCCAGACUCUCCACGCUGCAGCCCAGGGAUCCUUGGGCUUAGCCCAGGCUCCAGGCCAGGGCGGCAGCCAGGCACACACUCCAGGGCCAGCCCGAGUCCCACAGCCUGCAUCCAGCAUGCCCAGCAGCAAGGGGGAGCAGCCCUUGUCCGGGAGCUGCCCACCUCCGUCCCUCACCAUGGUGUUCAGGAGGCUGCAGGGGGACUGCUGGUGCUGCGGGUUCCUGGCCGAGAACUCCGGCCCUCCUGCGGGGGCAGCGAUGGCCCCUGCCCACCGCCCUCCUGCCCCGGAACCAGCCCCGGCCCCGGCCACUCACACCCCGGUGAGUGUGCUCUAUGAGGACCUGCUGGUGUCCUCCUCUGAGGACAGCGACCAGGACUGA